AUGGCGACAGUGACGUGCACUCUGGGUACAGUAGUCCUGAUCACAUUAUUGCUGUGGACAAACGCGCGGGUUUUGAGAAACUCUGUUCAUGAACUGAAACAGAAGCUGGAGUUUGUCAGCAGAGAUGGAGACACAACUCAUGUAUUGACCAGACACAAACACAACGGUGCGUUCAGGAAAUCUGGUGGACAAUGGCCCCGGUCCAGAGACGGCAACGUGUAUGUGCCCUGUGUGAUCGAUGACGGCUACUCGAGUGUUGCGAAGGCUGCGUUCAUGAUGGGUUUUGUCUUGUUCCACUUAUCGACCUGCAUCAGAUUUGUCUCCAGAACCAACGAGACAGACUUUCUGCACAUACAGCCCUCCAAUGGGUGCCGAUCCGUGGUGGGUCGUCAGGGAGGACCUCAGCUUCUGGGUCUGAAAUUCCCAGAGUGUUUUGAACUGGGAACGAUUCACCACGAGCUGCUUCACGCCCUGGGCUUCCACCACGAACACAACCGAUGGGAUCGUGACCAGUACGUUCGAGUCCUGUGGAGGAACAUCCACCAGCGUGACAAACGUGAAUUCAAGAGGAGGCUCAGUCUGAACGAGAGGACUCCAUACGACUACAGCUCUAUCAUGCACUACAGCAGGCUGGUCGGCUCUAAGAACGGUCUGCCCACAAUGACAGCGGUGCAGGAUGGGGUGGAGUUCGGGACCUCGAGCUCCAUGAGUCCAACGGACGUGGAGAGAGUGAACAAGGUCUACUGCAGCUGA